UCUUGCAUCUCUAUGCAGUUCUACUUACGCAUUUGCGAAUUUAGGCGUCGAAUUUAAAUAAAUAUUGUGGACUCGAGCCGGCUGCCAGAGUCCAACCGUUGCUGCCACCGCGAAGCCAAGACCGUGUGCCAGCCGGGCCAUGUACGCCACCAACAAUGGCGGAACGAACAAGGCGCCAAACAGCAGUGGCACCUCCAUGUUUGACAACACCAUCACCGUGACCCCAAUCAAGGUGGAACUGAGCUCGGCCGUCGCCCAGGCGUACGCCGCUGGCAAGGGCCAAGCUCCAACGGCGGCGGCGGUGCAGCGAAGGACGCCCAAUGCAGUGGUGGUGACCACCACCACAGCCCCCAAUAGCCAACAUCAACAGCAGCAACAACACCAGCUGCAGCUUGCGGGAGGCGGAGGAGGCACCACCACGCUAACCUUACCCAUGCAAGCGACCCUGGUUUCUUCGAAUAAUGCCUCCUGCACCAUCGUCAAUCCUGGUGGAAUGAGUGUAACAACCAAUAGCGUAGCCAGCACCACGGGGAGCACGCCCAAGGAGAAAACGACGACGAAGGCAAGCCGGGCGCAGGUGGCGCGCAAACCGCCGCCCACAAUUGACAAUUUCUGGCCCAACAUUGUGAGUGAAGUGCAUGGGAUCGGCCAGGUGGACGCCAAGCAUCAAGUGCUGCCGCUGGCACGCAUCAAGAAGAUCAUGAAGCUGGACGAGAACGCCAAGAUGAUAGCCGGCGAGGCGCCGCUGCUGUUUGCCAAGGCCUGCGAGUACUUCAUCCAGGAGCUAACAAUGCACGCCUGGGUGCACACGGAGGAGAGCCGCCGGCGCACGCUGCAGCGUUCGGACAUUGCCCAGGCAAUUGCCAACUACGACCAGUUCGAUUUCCUCAUCGACAUUGUGCCCCGCGAGGAGAUCAAGCCAUCGUCGUCGUCCUCCUCCUCGUCAGCGGCGGCGCAGAAGCAGAACAAGGAUGGCGGCAGCACCAUGGCUGGGUCUGUUGCCAACUCCGGAGCGUCGGCAGCCUCUGCAGCUGGCAGCGCCAAUGCCACAGGCAACUUUGUAGCCGGUGGUGCCAAUGUACCUGCAGCCACCACUGCCGCCGGUGGCCUCAAGCUGGACGCCGUUCCAGGCACAACCAGUGCCGGUGAGGUGCUCAGCUUCAGUCCCGUCAAUCCGGACAUCUUUUCCGCUCAACUGCAGCAGCAGCACGCCGCCCAGCAGCAGCAGCAACACCAUCACCAUCCCCAGCAGGUGCAGAUCAUCCAGCAGGCUGGCCAUCCCGGUGGCCAGCAGCUGCAAUACUUCAUUGCCCUGCCCGGCCAGCAGGCGGCGCAGCUGGUGCAGCAACAGCAGCCGCAGCCCGCCCAGAAUCAUCUGGCCAACAGUCUGGGCCUGAACAUAGUCACCGCCCAGCAGCAGCCCACCCAGCAGUUGAUCCUCACCGCCGGUCCCAAUGGCCAGCUGACAGCCACGCCUGCGCCACAGACGACCGCCCAGCAACAGCAGCAGCAGGCGGCCCUGCUCCAGAAUCUCGCCCAGCAGCAGCAGCAGGCGCAACAGCAGCAGCAGCAGCAACAACAGCAGCAGCAGAUCCAGCUUAUCCAGCAGGUGGUGACGCCCACGGGCGAGCUGACCAAUGUACCGAUCGCUAUCAAUGCCAAUCACUUGCAUUUGCUGCGCCUGCAGAUGCAACAGCAGCAGCAGCAACAGCAACAACAGCAGCAAGCGCAGCAGCAGCAGCAACAGCAGGUGAUCAUCCCCACACAGCUGCUGACGGCGCAGCAAAUACUGCAGCUGGGCGGAGCCACUGCGCAGCAGCAGCAACAGCAAGUCCAAGUGCAGGUCCAGCAGCAUCAGCAACAGCAGCAGCAGCAGCACGUCAAUCUGAGCCAGAGCAAUGCCAGUGCCGUGACCACAGCCACGCCCAUCUUCAUCAACUCCAACCAGGCGGCGACGCAGCAGCAGGCACAGCAGCAGCAAGCACAGCAACAGCAGCAGGCGCAAGCGAUUAGCAGCCUGUCCGGAGAACGUGGCGGUUUCCGAUGAAAGCAGGACACCCUGGCCAACAUAUCGAAGCAUCGGGAGGCAUCCAGCACAAUGUAUAAAAUAUUUCUAGUUGCUAGUUUAACGUAGUUCUAGUAGUGUAUAUCGGGCGAUGAAUCUAUAUAUAUAUAUAGGUAUAUAUCUAGCCAAGUAAGUGUAGAAAUGAUAUCUCAAAAAAUUGUAAUUUAUUGCCGAAAGAAAGCCCUCCUCCUGCAGGUUUCACCUUUCCCCAGAGUCCCACAACCACCCACCUUCACCUUCACACUUUUAAAAACCAUCCUAGAGAUUUAGAGAGAGACACGCCGCCUCCGCGUCCUGGUAAGGGGCUCAUCCGUUUAUUAUGUAUUUGUAUUUCUAAUUAGACGUAAGCUCUGAUAACAAUUAUAAGCCAACCACAAGAAGGACUAUGUGCCAGAA